AGAAAAUUGGCUGGCUUCGGUGACUGAACGUUUUUCUCGAUGACCGGUUGAUCGGUAAGUUGUAACACGUGGCAUCAUCCACGUCCAAGCUGGCAGGGAUUAUAUGGGCCCACCAUUUGUCGAGUAACCGGGUCUUUAGGUGGUUUCUGUGACACAAACCUGGUACUGCAAGUGCAUCUACGGGCUUUAACCGUUAGAGCCAGUAACUGUAUAAAGAACUGGGGGUUUAAGACACAUACAUACAUACGUGGUUUCUCUCAGGGUUUUAUAUUUUCCCAUGAACAAAGACAUUCAUCAUCACAUAACAAUUAUUAUGGGGCCUCUUUCUCUUUAGACUACUUGGUGCAGUUGACCACAGGAGUUGUGUAACAUGAAGUUUUUAGGCUGUAAAAUUGACCAAAAAUUCGCUGUUAUUUUGUGUUCUUCGGAUCUUUCUUGGUAUGGUUGAUGAGAUAUGGUGUUGCGGAAGAGGUUAGAUUAUGGAUUCAAUGGUUAUCAGGUGCCUCCUAUACCUCGAGCUACCAGAUCGGCUAGGAGAAGGGGCAUUAUUAGGGGGAAAGCUGAUGGCGAUGGAAGUUGUCCCUUUGACUUGUUAGCUACUGUAGCUGGCAAGCUGCUCGGGGAGGGAGAGAAGGAGCAAGUUGCAAUUGUGAAAGAUGAAAAGGUAAAAGAGCACGAGGAUAGAUCUCUUAAGGAAAAAAAUUAUACUGAAGGCUGUUACGAGCCGGGGUUCAUCAUUUCUGAGCUCGUCUCACAAGCUCCAGUUGUAAAUCGUUCUUUAAGCGAACUGCCACAUGCUCAAAAUGAUACGAUCUCUGGACCUGCAUCUGUCACUAUGAGCUCUGAUUGCUCGGAGAAGUUUCCCUUUGCUAAAAAAUUUGUAAAUGGUGAAAGCAGCGAGGAAAAUGGAAACCUUUCUUCAAAGACAGAACAGGAGGCAUCUGGCUGUGGAGUCUUUUCCAGUUGUACAUUAGACACCGAAAAUGAUAAACAGAUUAAAAUUGAGCUGUUAAGUAAUGCUAAAGUUUCUACUAAUAAGGGGGCUUCAGAGUUCCCUGAUGUUUGGAAUAAGAAACCUUCGACACUUGUUACUUCAGAUGAAAGUGUAAAAUUAUCUCUGUCUACAUAUCCUGCUCCUUGUAGGUCCUUUCCGGUGAUUCGGAAUGAUGUAAAUUUAGCUAAUAAAGACGAUGACGAAAACUCUGGGUGCACUCAACCUAGCACCCCAAAUAAGGCCUCUGGAUCGGCACCACGUGUACGAGAUUGGCCAAUUAAGAAGUUACUAGCUUCCAAGUAUUGGGAAGAAAAUCUAAAAUCUGAUCAUGAGGGGCAUGCCAAUUCUGGUAGUGGAAAAACAAUGCAUGUUUACCACAACAGAAACAUUGGCUACAAGCACCAAAGGUCUCAAAGGGAUUUUCCUUUCAAGAAAAGAAAGCUCUUUAAAUGUGGCUCGUUCUCUAAUUCUGAUGGAGAGAUGAGUAUUGAUGGAGGAAUAAAUAGUUUUCCAACAAAUGACUUACAUGGAAAUGCUUCCAGUAGUAGUAAAGCAUCUUCAGGAGGCUGUGCAGCGGCUGGGACGUCAGUCUUCAAUGGAGGGCGUGCAUCCUUCAGGCCUGAUGAUUCCCAUGGUGAGAGAUUAAGAUCUUCAGUUAAGUUUAGAAUCAAGUCCUUCAGGGUUCCUGAGCUUUUCGUUGAGAUUCCAGAAAAUGCAACUAUUGGUUCUUUAAAGAGGACCGUAAUGGAAGCAGUGACUGCUAUACUUGGUGGAGGACUGCGCAUCGGUGUAGUUUUUCAGGGUAAGAAGGUUAGAGAUGAUAACAAAACCUUACUGCAGACCGGAAUUUCUCAUGAUUACAAGCUUGAUGCUCUGGGCUUUUCACUGGAGCCCAAUCCUGUUCAAGCUUCCCAACCUCUUGGUCCAGACUGUCGUUCUUGUGUACUUCCUUACGAUACACCUCGACCACUAACAAGGUGCCAAUCUCCUGCUACUGUGGUGCAUACUGGCAUCCAGCAGGGUAGAUCUGAUGAUCAUACAGGAACAAGUUUGAGUAACUUUCUUGAAAGUGACCAUGAGUCAGCACCAUCUUCUCAUUACACGGCAUUGGAGAAAAUUUCUGCAAAUUCAAGAGCAUUGGUUCCAGCUACUGCGGUAAAUGCAGAAGCCUUGUCUGUGGUUCCAUUGCGGAAGCCCAAGCGAUCUGAGUCCACACAGCGUCGAAUCCGUAGACCUUUUUCUGUUGCUGAAGUGGAAGCACUUGUUCAAGCUGUUGAGAAGCUUGGAACAGGAAGAUGGCGUGAUGUGAAACUGCGAGCUUUUGAUAAUGCCAAACAUAGAACUUAUGUCGAUUUGAAGGACAAAUGGAAAACUCUGGUGCACACAGCAAGAAUAUCCCCUCAGCAAAGGAGGGGUGAGCCCGUGCCACAGGAGCUCUUGGACAGGGUCCUCACCGCUCACGCUUACUGGUCCCAACAACAAGCCAAGCAACAGAUGAAACAACCAUCGGAGACUUACCUUCUCCUCUAGGAAUAAGAUGUAGAUGGGGGAGUGAAGAAGUUUUGAUUAUUUUGUUAAUGUAAAAAGUCUUACGUUAAAAGAAGUAUUACCAGGGAAGAUAAAUUAGUUAGAACCACAUACAGUUCCUCGCAUGGAGUGGGGGUGGAAUCAGGCACUUGUAAAUGUUUUGAUAGAAUAAAGUGUAUGCUAACAGAAUUUUUUUGUGCCAAGACUAAUUUGGCACUAAA